AGAGGUUGCUAAGUGACAACGCCCAAACUGCGCCCCAGCACCGCCCCUGCCCUGAGGGUUGCCGGGGUUCUGGCGGAGCCGAAGUGGAAGGGGAGAUCCACUGCUAUUCCCCAGUCCCCUCGCGCCCGCCAGCCCUGCAAUUGCUAUGCGACCGGGCGGUGGCGAGAAGGGAGGUUCCGGAGCGCCCGCGGAGCCCGCUGACAGGGUCCCACCUGGGAAGACGGCCUACUAUGGAAAAUGCAUUGAAACUGUGAUUAAGCUACUGGACCAAUUUAAACCUGAGAAGGAGAGUCCCGAGCAGUUCCUGGAGGCUGCGGCCACCUCCCUGCAGACCCUGAGCCCCCAGGAGCAGGCGUUCAUCAUGGAAGUUCUGUCCGGGUGCCUCGAGUACCGGAAGCUGCUGACCAUCGUGGUGGACGCCUUCUACAUGCAGGACGGCCGGCUCUGCUUGUGGGCCGAUUACAGCCUCUUUGAGGUGAUCUGCUACCUGGCCACUUUCCAGCUGGAGGAGCUCGGCUUUCAGCUCUUCUGUAGCAUCAUGAAGUCCCAACCCGUCCACAAGGUGUGCAAGUUCCUUGGGUUCCUCUUCAACCCCUUGAACCUGGGCUCAUGGAUCAAGGAUGAGUGGAGCCUCUUCUACGAGACCACCCACGUGAAGGAGCACUGGAUCGACCCCCUGAUGAGGUGGCAGCCGGAGGUCCAGGAGCUGAUCAACCAGCUGCAGGGGGCGUUGACCAAUCAGCCCCCUCUUCCAAAGACCAAGGCCAAGGUCACAGAGCCCAAGGAGUUCAACCUGACUGCCCCCAGGCCCCGCGCCAUCCCAGUGCCUGAGCCAGUCCCCGUGGUGGCCAAGACCAGACCGGUCCCCAGGAGCACCUACCGGCCGCCCAAGGAGCAGCGGCUCCUGGAGAUGACCAAGAGAUACAAUCGCCGGAAGGCCGAGGAGCUGCUGCUACGGGCCAGCGUUGAGGAGACGCGGUGCGCGGGGCCCAGGUCCCGCGGGGAGCCCCCGGUGGAGGACUCCAAGAAGAAACUGCGGCUCCAAUUUCCACCUCGAAUCGUCAAGUCUCCGAAACUGACCUUCUACAGGCCCAACGACGCCUCCCCAGUCAAGCUGAACACUGCUGCCAUCCUGCGAGAAGGGGCCUUAUACCAGCGGCAGGUGGAGAGAGAGCUGCAGAGGGUGGAUAAGCUCGUGGACGGGGCCGGGGACCUCUCCGAGUUCCUCAGGUGGCAGAGGAAGAUGCAGGCAAAGGACCGGGAGGAGCAGCUGGCCACAGGCGAGUGCCGGAGGCUGCAGGGGAAGCUCAGCCACGAGGAGGCCAUCCUGGCGCGGCAGCAGGUGGUGCAGGAGAAGAAGCAGAAGGCCGACCAGAAGAAGGAGGAGACAGCUGAGCUGAUGCAGCAAUGUGCCGAGAGGCGCCUCCAAGAGGAAAAGUCCAUGAAGGAGCUGGUGGAGCAGGUGAUGGAGACGCAGAAGAACGUCAAGGUGGCGCAGACAAAGCUCCUGAAGGGCCGACGGCAGAUGGUUCAGGAGGUGAUAGACGAGAGCCGGGAGCUGCUACAGCGCAGUGCAGAGGCGGCCAAGGAGGAGCAGAGGCAGCGCUGUGAGCUCAUCUCCCAGUUGCGAGCCCUGGAGACUCAGCCCACGCGCAAGGGCAAGCUGGUGGACCUGACCCAGAUCCCCGGCUAUGGCCUGGAAGGGGAGAUGUCGGUCGUGGAGCUGCGCGAGCGGCUGGCCCUGCUCAAGGAGACCCAGAGGUGCAAGGAGGAGGAGAAGCGAGACCAGAUCAUCCAGGGCAAGCGCGCCAAGAGCCGGGCGCUGCAGAACACGGUGGAGCAGAUCUCGCUGUGCCGCGCGGCCAUGGGGAGGUCUGCAGCCUUGAGGUGGGAGGAGAAGAAGGCGCAGUCGGCGGCCGCGGGAGCGCCCUCCCGGGACGAGCGGGUGCUGGAGCUGCAGCGCAGGAUCCGGGAGAAGGCGGCAGAGCGCCGCGGGCAGGAGGCACUGCUGCACGUGCCGGCGCCGCGGGCAGCUCGCCCCAAGCAGCAGGCGCAGCUGGAGGCGCAGCGCAGGCUGGAGAUGGAGCAGAGCCGGGAGCGCAGGCUGCGGGCGCUGCAGCGGGGAGGCUCGCUAGGCGGGCCCGCUCGCUGCCUGGGUGCCGUCUGAGCCGGGCGGGCCCGCCCCGGUGCCCCGAGACCCUCGCCCAAAUAAAGCCUGUGCGGCGGUGUGCACCUCCCCUUCCUUGGCCGCGCCCCUCGCCCCACUCCGCCCCAGUCUUCUCCCGCCCAGAGCAGGGUUGCCAAAUAAAAUGCCAGUUAUUGCGUGGGACAAGCUAAUGCUAACAGAAGGAUCCGCUGGAAUUCCAAUUUAUUUGGGCGUCUUGUAUCUUAUGUGCUAAAACAUGGCCACCCUAGCCCAGAUUCUAGCCCUUCCUACGGCCUAACGCUAGGCAUUCCUGCCCAUGCCCCCCAUCGGAGUUCCCAGAGCCUUCUCUGCUUGUGGAAACCUGGAAUCCCCAUUCUCUGCCCGGAGUCAGGUGGCUUAAUCCGGGAACCCCCAAGACUGAGAAUGUGAUUGUGCUUGUGCGAUUAGUAGAAGUUGCCAGGAUCUUGAGCCGCUGGGAACUGGCCCUUCUCGGCCUUGUCUCCCAAACCUAACGGCGAUGAGAGGAGCUGGCCGGGGAUGUAGGAACUGUCCCCCACACCCCGUCUGCUGAUGAGGCCACUGGCGCUCAGAGAGGUGAAGUGACCUGCCGGGAGAGCCAGGACCCAAAGCUAAGCCUGGAUGCCUUUAGAGCACUGCCCAGCCUUCUCCAGCAUCACUGAAGGAACGAGGUUAGAGCCACUGGGCAGGAGCUGGCCCAGGGCCUGGACAGGAAUGGAGUGAUUCCCCUGGGUCCUCAGACCCAUCACUGGACUGGAGGUGCGUGGCUCUGAGGACAGGCUGGCUGAGUGAAAGCCUCCUGGUGUAAAGCACAGUAUGCUGCAGCGCCCAGGAGAGAGAACGGGCAAGCCCAUGGGGUGCAAGGCAGUAAGAGAGGGGCUGGAAACUGCCAGGCGGAUAGAUGUCUAGGAGAGACCCCCCACACCCUACAUCCUUCUUGGGUCUGCAGAGGGGGGAGGCUGGACCCCAGGGC